GACAUGUAUUGUGUGUGUACCAUUCAGAGGGUGAAUGGCAGGACAAAAUAUUGAGUGCCUUUGAACGGGUAUGGUGGUAGCUGCGCUUGGCGCACCUGUUCUUCGUGUUUUGUACAAUCAGUGUAUAUUUUUCACAUUGAUGCCGUUUAUUUUUGUCAUCGCCAAGGUUAUUGUAGGGUUAAGUGGUGAAUUGAAAUUAAAACAGCAAGGGUGAUGAAUAGGCUACGGGCUAUUGCCUAAUGUAAAUUAUAAGAUUAUGAAACCAGCCAUGAUGAGUGGCUACACUUGUUGCGGUCAUGUGACGAAGCAUUAACGGGUUAGGUCAAAUGGAGAGUGAGCGCGCCCUGCAUUCUAUGUGACGUUAAACUGCUGUACAAUCACUUCAGUUUUGGAUCCGUGCGUGUCUAGGUUAAUCAGCCUAAAUCACAACUAGUCUCUGAUGUUUUAAGCUAUGGCUGAAUGUUUUGGGAACGACAUAGCUAUAUAUAUAUUCUACAAUUGGGUUAAUUCUUAGAAUAAAGAAAAAAUGUUACAUUUCGUCUUGCAAGAUGUCUCAAACAACACGGAGCAAAACACAACAACGCCUGAGGACUGGACUGUUGUGUACUUUGCAGUCAGAUGGAUCCAGAUGACUAUGGCAGUGCUGAGCAUUGUCGGUUCAGGUUCCAUAAUUGUUUAUGCAACUUUCCAACACCUUAUAAGGACACCUGAGACUCCAAAACAAUGGCCAAUACCACCUCCUCUGCAGAUCCAGCCAUUGUUCUUACUGAGUGUGACAGACUUGCUGCUGGCAGUCAGCUGGCUGGUAGGAGCAGUACUGUUCACUCAGGACUGUGAUAGCCAUGCCACCUGCUACAACCUACACAUCGUUGAACAGAUCCUGUAUAUGACCUCGUUCUUCUACACAUUGAACUAUGUAUGGACCCUGUACUCUGGGCUAAAUAACAGAUUCUACAGUAGCCUUCAUGGAUACCCAGCCCAAUGCGCCACCAAACUGAGAAGUUUCAGCAAGAUUGCUGCAGUCCUGUCAUGUGUCCUCCCCGUGCUGCUGAUGCUGCCAGUGUUUGUAACAGGAAACAUGGACCACUGUUACACAAACUUCAGCCAGCCUUACAAGUGUCUUCUAAUGCACACGGAGGCACUUUUCAUGUCCACUGACUUGAGCAAGAUGGAGGUGGACUCAGCUUGUCGCCUGGGACAUAUGUACAGUAUUGCUGUCUUCCUGGCAGUGUUCCUCCUCACCUUUGUUGGCAUUGUGGUGCUCAUGGGAAAAGCCCGCACUGUUUACAGACGUUGUGUGAGUUCUAGCGGUUUCCUCGGCGACAGGCAGUGGGCGUCGCUUCGUGUUCUGGACCGACACAUGCUCCUCUACCCCUCUGUCUUCUUCUUCUGUUGGGGCCCAGCAGUGUUCCUGGCAGCCAUGAUUCUGUACAGCCCCAAAUCAGUGGAGGGAGUUGUGGGCGUCAUUCUCUACAUCUUACAGGCCUUCACCUCAUCCUCUCAAGGCCUUCUGAACUGUGUGGUGUACGGCUGGACACAGACACACUUCCGCUCAGCUAGCAAAGAUGCUCUAAGGGACAUGGACACCCAGACGCCACUUCUGAGAUCUCAGAAGAAAGGCUAUAAAACUCUAUGGUCAACACCAUCCCCCAAAUCAGAUGAUAUAGAAGGAUCUGGUAUUCUACCGACACCACAUUAACUUACUAUGGUGGUUGUGACACUGGCAAAAGAAAUGAAACAAAGCCUUUUGUGCCAGACUGGGAGUGACGGUUUGGUUUUGAAUCUUGGGGACAGUACCUUGGGAAGCACCUGUUAUACCAAUGAAGCAAGAACACCCUCGGCUGUACACAAGGGACAGCAGGGUCCAACCAGACAGAGGCUGAACUGCUGAGGCGUAAAAAAGGGAAGAACCAGGGAAUUUACAAGGAAAGGAAGAGCAGCUCUGAAACAGGAUCUGAGAGCUCUGUACUUUCAUAGGAAUCAGAGUCACUUGUUUUGACUGCAUCGCUCGUGCAAACAUUGUCUCUACAUUAGUGUUUAGAAUUUCCCACAGUAGUUGGGGACAGCCGAGGAUAUUUGUGAAAGGCUUUGUAACUGACUGGCAUGUCUUUGAUUUAGAGGGGCCCUGAUUGAGCCCAACCGUGUGGAAACAGUGAGCAGCCUGUCACUUUUCAUCUUGAUAGAACAAAGGCCCUCCAUUCACAGAGAUGCUGCUUGACGUACGAGUUUGGCCCGUGGUGUUGUGUGAUGGUCGUAGAUACGCAAGUGUGUGCAAUGUUUAGUUUUCGCCCUGCAUGGGCUUGGUCACAGAAAUGUGACUGUAGGUUUAUGCUCACUCCUUGAGUUCAAUUCUAAACUUUAUCAAAGGGGACAAUUAUUGCCUUGCAUGAGGCAUGAGUUACAGGAUAAAUACAUCACCACAACAUACAAUUUCUUUUUUUCUGAGAUGCAAAUGAAACUGAAUGAAAAGAAUGUGAAUUUCCGGUCUGUCAAUGCAUUGGACUUUAUUUCUGUUUAACUCAAUCCAUCAAUAUGAAAUGGGCAUUUCAGCUCAAAUAUAGUAACUGCUGCAGCCUCAUCAAAACAAUAAAAUAUUGUUU